GUUUUAGGAAAACGCAUCAAUAAGUAAACUUGGGCGCGGGGUUAAAAUUUUGAAAUGGCCGGCUAUGUGACCUCGACUCUCUCUCGCGCGCGCCCUCUGUUUAUUUAUAUACUACGAGACAAGUACGAGUAGAAUAAUGUAAUAGGAGGGCGGAGUGAGGGCGAAUUAAGCGAUCGAGAAUCUGAGUGAGAUCUAUCGAUCGAUCUAGCUAGGUGCUGAGAGAUAUGGCGGAGUCUGGAAUAGGGAGGAGAGCGAGAGGGAAAUUGACGGUGGACGAGUACCUCAACUUCAUCGACACCAAUAGGCAGCUCGACCUCACCGCCCCUCAACUCAGAGAGAUCAUUGAUAUGCAUGGUUUCAAAGCAAUGCGUUCGGCUUCCAAGAACAGCGUGUUGGAGGCUGUGGCUUCAAUGGAGCUCAUACAGCUUGGGCGUUCAACCCUCCAGCAGCAGCAGCAGCAAGAGAUGAGGGGGAAUUGGAAUCAUGCUGCUGCGGCGGCGGAUAUGAAGAGUGUGAAACAGGACCUUGCUGCUCUGAAAUGGGAGGAGUGCUGCGUUACCUCGCUCCACACCACCACCUUCUCCGAUUCCCAUCCAAUUCCCAAUUCCAACUCUAAAAAGAAUCACAGACUAGUGACCCUGAGCCGGGGCGCCCCCAAGAAAAGAAUGAGAUGCCUCAACAAUAUACAUACUCCUCUCAACCUAACCUAACCUAACCUAACCUUCUACUCGUGCAUGCCACCGCCCCAUCCAUGGAGAAUAAUACGGUAUAUGAAUGCUACCGCUAGCUAGCUUUGUAUAUCAUGAUUAAAUAAUCUCUCCCUCCAUAACAUCUGAUAUGUUUUUGCUACAGACUAUUGAUCCAAUGCCGAUACGUACAAUCAAAAUUCUCCAUAUUUCAUCAAAUUCUUUUUUUGUCAACCAACAUAACCAACUCAGGAAUCCAGUUGACUGUGUGCUAGCUACGUAUUUCAUCAUCACUCCGGCCGGCCAAUUCACCGAAUCACAAAAAAUUGAGCCUUUUAAAUUGAAUACUUGAUGCUUACAGUCUAGUUGGAUGUGCUAAAAUUCAUAAUUUGUACUCCGUAACUGAAAUGGCUAAACAAGAUGGAUGUACAAAAUUGUCUAGUAUUAACUAUUUAAAAUGCAUUUUAAUCGUAAAUUAUAGGAAGAAUAUGUGGGGAAAAUGUGAACUUGUCUUGUUCCGCGAAUUCAAAAUAUAAUAUUUCUCCAUCCUUAAUGGUCAUGAUCAUACACAUUUCAAGCAUACAAAAUAAAAUUUAGUGUUUGA